AUGGUCCUCGAGGGUGCUGCCAAGGGCCGUGACGUUGGUCAUACCACCACCACUGCAACUUCCAGCGGCGGCAAGAAGAUCAGUGGUGGUGCCUUCCAAACGAUGGGACUGUCAGAUCCGCUCUUUAAGGCUAUUCAGAAGAUGGGAUACAACCAGCCCACGCCAAUCCAGAGGAAGGCUAUACCCGCGAUCCUCGGUGGUAGUGAUGUAGUGGCUAUGGCUAGAACUGGGAGUGGUAAAACGGCUGCUUUUGUUAUACCAAUGAUACAAAUCUUGAAGGGUCAUAGUGAGGUUGUUGGAGCCAGAGCCGUUAUUCUAUCGCCUACUCGUGAGCUAGCCAUGCAGACUAUCAAGGUCACUAGGAUGCUUGGGAAAUUCACAGACCUCCGAUUAUGUCUCAUCGUUGGCGGUCACAGCAUGGAGUCUCAGUUCGAUAGGCUCUCUAGUAACCCCGAUGUGCUCAUCUGUACACCAGGACGCCUGGUCCAUCACAUGGUGGAAGCGGACCUAUCUCUACAGCGUGUACAGUACAUUGUUUUCGAUGAGGCUGAUAGGCUCUUUGAGAUGGGUUUCGCUGAUGAUAUGCAAAGUAUCCUUAAGGCGACUCCACCCUCUCGACAGUGUCUGCUAUUCUCUGCUACUCUACCUAGUCAGCUAACACAAUUCAGUAGAGCUGGUCUAAGGUCUGAAUCUACUCAGUUCAUCCGUCUUGACGUAGAGCAUACGAUAUCGGACACGCUUGAUCUGUGGUUCCUCUAUACCACUGCAGACUCCAAGCCAGCGGCACUAGUAGCGUUGCUCCGCAAGCUUCAAUCGAUGAGUAAUAAGAGUACUGGGGAUGCGACAGGGGUCGCUGGUGUGGAGGGGAAAAGCAAGGGUGGGAAGAAGGGACCACGGUCAUCGAAGACUAUAGUAUUCGUCGCGACUCGUCAUAACGUAGAGUUCUUCGCAUCACUGCUUACUCAAGUUGGUAUUACUAACGCCCCUAUCUAUGGGUCUAUGGACCAGACCCAGAGGACUUCUAGUCUAUCUAAGUUCCGAUCGGGGAAGGCAUCAGUGUUGUUGGUGACUGAUGUGGCCGCUAGAGGUAUUGAUAUACCCCAGUUGGACUAUGUCAUCAACUAUGACUUCCCUUCAAGCUCCAAGCUCUUUGUGCAUAGAUGUGGGAGAACUGCCCGAGCUGGAGCCAAAGGGUUAUGUGCCUCGCUGGUCACACACGACGAUAUGCCUUAUGCAGUUGAACUCAUGCUGUUCCUAGGUCGGAAGCUUGGCCUGCAGGCCUUAGGUAGCGACCAUCCUAUCCCUGCUGAGGGUGAGGGAGAGGGUGAAGUGGACGAGAAGAGACUGUGUGUUAUUGGCGGCAUCCCUAGUGUACAGGAAGAAGUCGAGACGGUUCGCCGACUUGUAUCUGGGGAUGCUGAGCUGGCCUCCUUGCAGCGGUCAAUGAUGAGUGCAUAUCAUCUCUACUACAAAACUCGACCAGCAGCCUCCAACCAGAGUGUUCGACGAGCGAAGUUGAUCCUUAGAGCUGAGGCGGGUGGGCCUCAAAGGCUUCUGGACACCCCGCAUCCUGCUUUCAGGACGGCUGCUGAUCUUGGUUCACAGAGUGUUGAGGAUAUGAAAGAGAAGCUCGAUAUGAUAGCACAGCUUCGUACGUUCCUCUCGAUCCUUUCUCUUCUGUUAAUGCCAUGCUCCUUCCGUCCCUCUCAACAGCCUAAGUCGACUGGAACUAGUAGUACUACUGUUAUCAAACCAGAAACAAUGGCUGAGAUCUCUCAGCAUGUGGUAGCACCAAGAAAGCUACGACAUGAUCUCAAAAGGAUGUCGCGAGUGAGGCAACAACAAACACAACUGGAGUCGCAAGAGCAGGAAGAUGAAGACAGCGACGUAGAGGGAUCUGUAACUGGGGAGGGGGAGAUGGAGGAUGUACAAGUUGGGCAGAAGAGGCCACUGGCAUCAUCGCAGCGAGCGGCGACUGAUGACAAGCAGACUCAUCGUAUGCUUAGUAAGAGGGCUCGGAGGAAGCUCGAGAAGAAUGGUGGUUGUUUACCACAGCCGAAUGAGGCUGGCCUCGCUGCUGGUGGGAGAAAGAAAACAUCUUAUCAUCUUGAGGAUGGUGUUAGUGUGUUCAACCAGACCACAUGUCGAUCCAACGAGUUUUACCUUGGGUCUGUUGAUGCUGACCCAGAGUCUAUUGAGGCUAAGGAGAGGGAGAAGCAGUUGGACAUAGAGAAGGCUCAGCUGGAUUUGGUACCUGAUGAUCGAGAGUCAAUGACUAAGGCGAAGAGUGUUAUGCGAUGGGAUGCUAGGAAGAAGAAGUAUCUCCCUGUGAUGGUCGCUGGUGAUGGCGGGGCUCCAAUAGCUGCAUCUAGGAAGAGGCGCAACGAGGCUGGCAAGUUGGUGAGUGGGGAGAUGGAGAAGAGUGAUAUCUACUCUAAGUGGUUGAAGUCAAGUCAUAAGAGGAUACAGAAGGUCGGGGAGUUGGAGGAUAAGCAGAAUAAUACAUCAUUCACGGCACCGAGGAAGGCUAUCACUAUUGAGGAUGAUAAUGAGGAGGAUCGGGGGACAGGCUCGGGUGGGGGAGCUAGGAUGGUCAAGGAGUUCCAUGGUGGAGUCCAGAAGGAGUUCCUCACGAAUAAACAGAAGCGACAUCUCGCUAAGCAAGAUAGAGUGAUGGGUAGGGUUGGAGUAACGUCAAGAGGCGAUAAUGCUAAGGAUGAGCUAUUGCAUGCUAGUCAAAUUGCCAAGAACCGCAAGAAGAAGACGAUGACUAAGAUCAUGCAGGACCCCAAGAGGAGGAAGGCCUUUGCAGCCAAGAGCAAGGCCGCUUUCCGAGCCAAACAGGCUGAGAAGUUAGCACAUCGUGGGGCUCCUAGGAGGUCUUUCGCCAUUGGAGACAAUAGUGGAGGGAAAGGUCGGGGUCGUCGUCGAUGAUGAUGAUGAGGGUACAGGCAGCAGUAAUCUAAUAAUAAAGUUGUUUACCAAACUGUAUACUGUGGCAUUGUUUUCCAUCAACAACAACGUCAAUACGUUUCUUACAUU